CUAUAACUCUAGAUUGCCUUGGAAUUUUGGGUUCAAAUUUUCACAGGUUGUUUCUCGAUUCUUCCCGGUUUAGAAAAACUAGCGUUUUAUGCAAAACUCGCGAAUUUGAUUUUUCAAUUGAAGUCCCUACUACAGGCUUAGUACCUGUCCUGUCAGACGUCGGCUUCGAAUUUUGACGUUUGUUCCCAUGAAUGUUGAGAUUCAUGCUGCAGUUCUACUUCUACUCGGCUGAUCAGUCAUUUUGUGUCGCUGUCCGCUCUUCAUUGCUGGUAAGCAGCGAGCGGUUAUCCAGACAUGGCUAUGGGAGCGCAGCGGUUGUUUGAAUGAAGCCGAGUCACACACCGAGCGGCGGCUGCAAGUCCACCAGCAACACGCACACUCGCUCAGUGACUCGGAGUCGGAGCCACUUUGCGGCUGACCUAUUGCCAUUCAAACGGGACACUGUCCAGUCCAAAUGAAGCUGUGACUGUUCGGGUAACACGCCCGCUGACCCUGUAGCCGUGUAGGUAACUAAUCUGGAGCCUGGAGCGGAGUGCACUGAGACACACUCACUAGCAUGAUCAACUUCUCGGCUUCUGUGGCCCUUCUGGCCUUCUUAGCGGCAGCGGUUUCGUGGCAACGGUCUGCAGCGACGACAGCAGCAACAGCGACAGCCACCACGAAUAAUGGAGAGAUAAGUGCCAGCAAUGGAAAUGGCUCGUUCAAUACAUUUGAGUGCUUCUUCAAAGCUAACUGCAUCGACGGACAAUGUGCUGAAGGUACCACUGGUGUUAUGUGUGAGCAAUGCCUCAACAAUCAAGUACCCUAUGAUAACUUUACAAAGUAUGCUCGUCUCGGCAGCACCUGCAUUGAGUGUGAGCUCUUCCCAUGGUCCUCGAUAUCGCUGGGUGCAGUCCUAGUGCUGGUGAUACUGGUAGCUGCCAAGAAGGGCUUCACACAGUCAGUGGCCACCAAGGUCAAGCUGCUGUUUGACGGUCUGCAGCUGGUGCUAUUGACUUACCGCAUUCCUGUCCUAUGGCCUAAGAUCAGCCUCAGGGCGGUGUCCUACGUGUCAUUUGCAUAUUUCACGCCACAAGGAAUCUUUCCAGCUUGCUACUUCAACCUGGCCACAACCUACUAUGUGGACUGGAUAGGUGCCUGCGUUCCAUUGAUACUCGCCUUCAUACUAACAUGGAUUAUCGACAGGAGCAUGCGGCGCAAGCAACGUGCCAGCAUCCUGGAAGAGGACACGGACAGAGCGGCGAAGUGGCUGUCUCGUCGCACAGUGCUGCGCCGUGGCUUUGUGCUGCUCGCCUUCAUCUACUACGCACCCGUUACCAGUCUAGUGCUGCGUGCCUAUGCCUGCGAGGGCAACUUGGCUACGGCCAAUGUUUGGUACUUUGAAGGAUUGGUGCGACCGAACGACACCAAUCGCUGGCUGUACAAUUAUGAUAUCAGUUGCAACUCUGGUGUAUUUCAGGCAGUGACAUUCUUUGGAACGUUCGUUCUGAUCUUCUUCUCCGUCAUUGGGCCCGUGGUGCUUCUGUUCUUCACUGUGCGCUCGCGCCGAUGGAAACUGCUUGCCAAGAAAGCUGCGCUGCAUGGGUCCAUAUACGAGAGCUACCGUGCCAACUGGUGUUUCAUGGAGGCAGUGGUGCUUUUUCGCAAGCUGUUCAUGGUGUUGGUCACCGAUAUCUACCCAUUGGCACCCAUUCUUCUGGAAAUAGUCAGCCUGGUACUGUCUGCCAUCUACUUGCUCCUUGUCAUCUUUGGAGGACCGUUCAGGCAGGGGAAGUGGACGAUUUGUGGCCGGGCCAUCAGCAUCCACAGCGUCUACGAGGUGUUCAGCACUGUGUUCAUCAUCGGCAUCCAGGUGGUAGCCGUUGUCCUUACCUAUGAGGUUUCCGACAGUCGCCUUUCCGGUGACGCCAUCGACUACCUAGUUCUAAGUUCACUUGCCUUGAUGGUGCUGACGUGGCUGCUCAUGUUCAUUGGUCAAAUCUGGGCGGAAGACGAAAUGGAGGAGAGUAAAGUUGAUGACCUCCAGGAGGCCGAACAGGAAGACCAGCCUAUCGGGACACUCAUCAACCAGGCAACCAAUCUUGUCACACGGCGUUCGGGCAAGGUGGCAGACUCCUCAGCCACGAUGCUGAACAAAGAUCAUGCCAAUGACAAGGGGGUGCAACUAACAGACAUGUGAUUGGUCUGGAUGCAUGGCCCGUGUUGCGCACAAACGCCCAAAGUUCAGCUCCUCCCAGCCACUGUGCAUGCAACAAUUUGUGGAAAUGAGCCUAGGCGGCUGUGCCAAGACACCGGGUGAAAAUGCCUACUGUAGCUGCUGGACGCGCACAACAAUUUGUGCUUGUACUUUGAUAGAUUAGUUAUGUCUGAAUCCUACACGAAACACAAUCAAGUUCUUUCUACUGUACCAGUUCAAGUAUGUUGCCCACAAAACAUCUGACCUAUCCCUGGAAUACCCACAGAAACAAAAAAUAUUGUGCAUACAUCGCUUUUACUCUGAAAUCCAUACUUAUUAAUAUUUUUAUUUU